AUGAAACCGGACACGAUCACUUACCCCAUCGAGGAGCCGGUAUGGAACAGCAAGCCCGCAUGGGUGCUGCCCGGCUGGGCCGAGCCUUUGAUGGUCGCGUCCAUCUUGUUCGGAGCCAUGUACAUGACGAGGCGAAAGGGCUAUUCGAUCCGCCGCAAGCCGAGGGGUUACAAGUCGAUAUUGGAUGAUGAGCCAGGCUCUGGCCGCUCGAGCGACGAGUUGUUGCGGUACGAUUCCGAGAACGACGACGACGCCCAGGACCCGAUCGCUGCGGCCAAGCACCUCCCCAAGCAACGCAAGUGCUGCUGCGGCAUCGUCGUACAGACGCCCAAUACCUCGCGCUUCAAGAACAACGUCCACAGCCGUAUCCUGCAGAAAUUCCCCUUCUUGAUCGAGAUGUUCUACUGGAUCAUCAACUACGCCUUCUACCGCAUGACCGCCAUCACGUCGCAACGCAUCUUUGCAAAGAGCGGUAUCUGGAAUGUAGCGCAGGAGCAUGGUAUCAACGUGCUCAAGUUUGAGCACUUGAGCGGGUUCAGCUGGCUUUUCCCGGUCCAAGAGCGUCAGGUACAGCAAUGGUUCAUGCACGGCCACCAGGACGCCUUGACCGCCUUGAACAAGGCGUACGCGCUGAUCCAUAUUCCAGGCACUGUCGGGUUCAUCUGCUGGUACUACUACAUUGCGCCGUCGCAUCCGACCUUCGCCGUGGCCCGCCGCACCAUGACCCUGACCAACUUCCUUGCGUUCAUGACUUUCAUCUUCUACCCUUGCAUGCCGCCGCGCCUCCUGCCGAGAGAGUACGGCUUCCUGGACACGGUCCGCCACGACGACGCUCAGAGCGUUUGGAUGAGCGGCAAGUACGUCAACUCGCUCGCCGCCAUGCCCUCGAUGCACUUCGGCUACGCCUUCUGCAUCGGCAUGACCCUCAUCUACCACUCGGGCCUCUUCCGCCGCACGCUGGAGCGCGGCGAGAUGAGGAAGUCGACGUUCUGGAAGCUGUUUUACCUCAUCCUCGGUAUCGCCUACCCUUCGUUCAUCCUGACCGUCAUCGUGGCCACUGCCAACCACUACAUUCUGGAUGCCGUCAUCGCCACCUGCUAUGUCUUCAUCGCAUACGCCUGCAACCAGAUUUUCUUCGUCUUCCUGCCGCUUGAGGAUUGGUUCCUGUGGUUGCUGAGAGCCGAGAAGCCGAUUCCCUCGACCGGCGAGAGGUUCAGAGAGCGGGGCGGCAGGCUGUAG